UAAACAUGUUUUAUUGCGCAGCAUUUCUACCACAGCAGCGAGAGAAUAACAUGUGGGACGUGCGCAGCCCUGCGCUGUAUCCUGUCCCGUGAUUGGGACACCACAGAGCCGCCGCCUCCUCCCGCCAUGGCCGCACCGGUGCUCACAUCCAGGCAGAUUCAGAAUGUGCACACGGCUCUGGACAUGUGGGUCCCAGAAUACCAAGAGAUCCGUGGGAAGAUGAUGACUGGACACGUAGAGUAUCAGAUUGUGGUGGUCACGUCUCUACCUGCUUUCAAAUCAUCCAGACACAGGCCUGAGGAUGUAGUACAGUUUGUUAUAUCUAGAAAGUACAGUGAGAUUGAAGACUUCUACCACAAAAUAUCCACACUAUACCCCCAGUGUCCUCUGCCCCCUUUUCCACGGAAGGUGUUGUUUGUUGGGGAGACGGAUAUCAGAGAGAGGAGAACCACCUUUAACGCUAUUGUGAAGGCCAUCGCCCGUGAGGAGGAGCUGGUGGCAUCUCAAGAGCUUCAGGAUUUCCUAGGAUCAGCCAUUAGUGAUUUUGUUGAGUCAAAGAGUGCAAGGCCGUAUGCAAACCAUUCAGAAGAUGGAGAUUUCUUCAAAGCUGAAACACCAGCAGAGGACCCUCUUCUACAGAUAGAAAGCAAGCUGCCGAGCAAGAAAGCUGAGGUGGAGGAAGAUGAUGAGGAGGAGGAGAUGGAGGAGGUCGAUUUAGACCCGCUUGGCAUCAUGAAGGAAAAACGAGUAAAGAAGAAGCCCAUUGCCAAGAAAACUGAAGAUCCCAAGUUACCGUCCAAGUCCACAAUUGCUCUUUUUGAUGAUGAAGUCGAUCCGGAUGAAGAAUUGUUUAAAACGGUUUCAAAUAAUUCAUCUAAAAGCAAGAAAACUUACAAAGGGUCUGAUGAUAUAAAAUUAUUUGAAGAGCAAGACCUAGGAGGGAUUGUGAAACUAGGCGACUCCUUGCUGCUGCCAUCUGCAUGCAGUAAUGAUCCUUCCUUCAAACCAUCAACCGCGGAGGACACGGAUGCAUUGUUCCGAGUCGAAGAAGAUCUGGAGAAACUUUUGAGUCUUGGAAUGAAGACAAAGAAUAAGCCAAAGCCCCAAAUACCUGCCAAGCCCACAUUUCUGAAGGAGUCGAAGAAUUUGGCUAGCCUGCCGCGCAUGGACACAAAGCCCUCAGAGCCCAAUGUGCAGGACAUGGACGAGUCAGACAUCCUUCGGUACAUUAAAGAGAACGAGUCUGCAGACAGUGACUCACUCAGUCUCUUUUGAAGGGCUUGUGCUGAUCUCUCUUUCCUUUUGAAGUGUCCUUUAAGCCCUGUUUAAGCAGCUGCCUUUCUAGCCACCUCCCCUAGUAAUUAGACAGGUAGGCAGAAUGUUAAUAAACCGUAGAGCAAAAGUCAAUCAUGAAAUUGUUGAUGCACUGCAACUUCCAGCAGGCCUUACAAUCAUCCCUUGAAGGGAACAGUGGUCUGGUUAAGAAAAAAAAAUUGAAAUACGUCAUUAGAGAAAGUUCAAAGAUGGAGGAGGGGGGCUGUGUUCAGGUUCUUAAUCUGUUAGCUAGAAAGUAAACAUCCCUGGAGGACCCAACACUAUUUGAUGUCAAUGGAUACCAUGUAGUACUACAUUUCCCCUAUGGUGGCGCUGCAGGGGAUUUGAACAUUUACUUUCAGUUCCCCAACAGAUUACUGCUGAUCAGUUAAACAUUCUGCGAUCAGCUUACUAUUGGGGGGAGGUCCCAUCUUACAAAAAGUAUUGUCGUACGCGGACAACCCCUUUAAUAGAGGAGGAUCCUGUGUCCAGGUCCAGGUCCAUGAUCUAUUAGCUGGAGCAGAAAGUGGCUACAAAGAACUUUCUCUUAGGAUGCAUUCACACGAAGAUAUUUCCGGUCUGUGUCUGAUCCGCAUUUGUUGUGGAUCACAUGUGGAUCCAUUCUUUACUGAAUGACGGCCAUGUGCAGCCGAGCCGCAAAUGACAGAACAUGUCCUAUUCUUGUUUGUCUUUUGGACAAGAAUUGGCAUUUUUUGCAAUGGGGCCUGCAAAACGUGCCGGAUGCAUAGUGACUACCGUACAUCUGUAUUUUGCAGAGCCACGAUUUGUGGACCUGAAAGCUGAUACGGUCAUGUGAAUGUAGCCUUAUUCUGGAGGACCCAGCGUGUGUGUGCACUGAAUGGGCAGUGCAUUGUGUAACGUCCCCCGUGGUGGCGCUGUCAGGCUCUCCACAUGAAGUGUUGCCUACAUCCUUGAAGACCGUGGACAGUGACUGAUAUCAGGAGAUGCUCUGCUACAGUACAUUGUUUUUAAAUGGGGUGGUCCAAAUUAGACUAAUGGCGUAGCCCAAUACUUCCCCUAUAAAUCUCAAAUUAUUCUAUGCAGGUCAGUCCAAUGAGUACUCUAAUUAAAACAUAGGUCUUAAUCUUUAUAGUAAAGCAUAACUAAGACUUAUCAAUAAAUAUGCAAAUCAUGUCUGUGAUCACUUUUUUUUGUCGUAAAUUACAUGUUUUAUAGCUACUUUUACCUGUGUUGGCUACACAUUUUUUUUCUUUAGAGAGGACCCGUCACCUCUCCUGACUUGUCUGUUUUAGUAACUACUUGCAUUCCUCAUGUAAUAACAAUUUUAAAGCAUCUCUUCUUAUGACUCUGUUGUGUCGUCCUCUAUUAUUCCUACUAGAAGUCUGAAUGUCAUCAGUUGGGAGGGUGUCCCUGCACAGUCUGACACUAUCCAAUCAGAGCCGCCAAUGUCAGACUGUGCAGGGGCACACCCCAACUGAGAAUACCCACAUGGGCCCUUAUUGCUGGAAAUUCACUCAUAAACUUCUAGAAGGAAUAAUAGAGGGAUAGCAUGACAUAAAGACAUGGGAGAAGAGGUGACAGGUCUUCUUUAAAACUGUUUUAUGUUUACCUUGAUAUUUUCUGGAGAUCUUAAGCAAUUAAAUGUGACAAAUAUGAAACAAUAAAGACUUGGUCCUGUCCUA